AUGGCAUCCAGAGCCUUUACCAUUUCCAAAAUCGCCAUCAUCGGCGCGGGACCGAGCGGCAUAACCUCCGCCAAGUACCUCCUCGCCCAGCGCGCCUUCGCCUCCAUCGUGCUCUUCGAGCAGCAGCCCGAGUCCGCCCCGGCCGGCGUCUGGCACUAUACCUCCGCCGCGCCGCCCGCCCCACAGGGACCCCAAACCGAUCCCUUUACCCACCCGAUCCUCCCCUCGCGCCCGGAAAUCAUCCGGGACUACGUUGCGCGGUACGGCCAGGACGUGAAGCACCUCGUCCGCUACUCCCGCGAGGUCGUCGACCUCCGCCCCACCCUCGUCGAUGACGGCGGCCGCGCCGCCUGGGACCUCACCGCCCGCUCCACCCUCACCGGCGACCGGGAGCGCCACACCUUUGACGCCGUCGUCGUCGCCAACGGCCACUACUCCGUCCCCUUCAUCCCCCACAUCCCCGGGCUCGCCGACUUCGCCGCCGCCCACCCCGGCGCCGCCCUCCACUCCAAGCAGUUCCGCGCCCCGCGCGCCUUCGAGGGCCAGAGGGUCGUCGUCGUCGGCAACGGGCCCUCGGGCCUCGACAUCGGCUACCAGAUCCACCGCGACGCCCGCGAGCUCUUCCUCUCCGUCCGCUCCCCGACCCCGCCCGAGAAGCUUGCCCACGUUGGCGCCGAGGAGAUCGCCGAGAUUGCAGAGUUCCUGCCCGCCUCGCGCGGCGUGCGCCUCGUCGACGGUCGCGUCAUCGACGCCGUCGACACCGUCGUCUUCUGCACCGGCUUCAUCUUUAGCUACCCUUUCCUCCGCGAGAGCAUCCCCGGCCUAAUCACGGGCGGCAAGGGCGUGCACGGUCUCUACCGCCACCUCUUUUGCAUAGAACAUCCCACCCUCGUCUUCCCCGGCCUCCUCAUGCGCGCGGUUCCGUUCCCCGUGGCAGAGGCCCAGGCCGCCGCCUUUGCCGCCGUGUGGGCCAACGCCUUAUCCCUCCCACCCGUCGAGGAGCAGUGGAAAGAGUCGAAAGGGCUGGAUGAUGACUUGGGGGACGCCAUACACGUGCUUCCCAAGAUGGCCGACGCCAUUUACAUCAACGAGUUGCAUGACUGGGUCGGCACCGCGAAAACAAAGGGUAAGGAACCGCCGCGCUGGGGACCCUUUGAAUUCUGGCAGAGAAAGAUCUUUGCCGAGGCGAAACUGGCGUUCGAGAGAGAUGGAUGUAAAGCGAAGAGCCUCGAGGAGCUCGGCUUCCAUUUCGACCAAGGCGCUGAAGGCUUCGCUCAAGAGUCCGAACCUUAG